ACAUUUGCAGAACCACGAUCCGCUGCUGGCGCUAACAACAACAAAUACGUGAUUCUUGCGCCCAACUAAUGGCAAGCCGGACGAAAAACUCUGAACAGCGUGUCGGCUAAACUAUGUUGAGCAUUCGUGCAAAUGAUGUUCGUUGGCUAAAACGUUGGCCGAACGUUUGUUGCCUUGUCAUUUUAGUAGCGGUUUGGGCUGGUGUCUUCAUGGCCUUCUUGUAUGAUCAGCAAUGUUGGUGCAGACCAACGAAAUGUAAAUAGCUGACAACAACACCAACAAAAAGAGCGCGCUUGCUUGUACGAGUGUGCGCUCCCAUCCUCAUCGUCGUCAUCGUCAUACCAUUCUUUGUCACUUCUACUUCUACAUCAGUUUCUGCCGCUCGUGCUGCUGUUGCUCUUCGUGCACUAUUGUUGUUGCUGUUUUUAGCAUUAACUAGUGCCGCUGCCACCGCUCGUUGCUCUUGUGGCGGUACCGUUGUGCGCAUUUCUUUUGGUGCGCCUGCGCACAGUCGGCUUUCUACCGUUGACGUAUUCGGAUUUGUGGAAAUUUCUCUGCUCUGCUUACGGGCGUACUGUGCGUAGAGACCAUACAUAUAUACACUGAUUGAAUUACACGCCGACAAAAAAUAUUAUUUCUGUAGUAGAAAUAAAUAAAUUGAAGACAAAAAAUGCGAAAAAUUAAAAAGUGAUGAUUAUAGCGCAAUAUAAAAUUAUUAUUGCACAAUAUAAAAUAUUGAAAAGUGACGCAUUUGAAAAACGAAGAAUUUGAAAAAUUUUGCAAUUACUGAAACUCGAAAAAAGGAAAAAAUGUGAGACAAAAUAUGAAACCAGAACUUUUUCGCAAGUGUUGUAAUAAAAUAAUUUUAAAAGUGAGAAAACUUAAAUUAAAUGCAAGAAUUGUAAAUCAGCCAGUAAUGUGAUUAUUUUUAAAGGUACAUACACAUGUACGCACGUUAAAAAAAUUCGAAGCAGUUUUGGAUAAUUAAAUAAAAAAUUGCAAGAUUAUGUGCAUUAGUGUUAAAAAAUAAAAAAAAAAAUUGCAAACAACUUUGACUUCAAGAAAUUGUUUUAAAACGAAAACAAAAUUGAAAAAAGUGUAUGCUAAAUAGAUUGAAAAAUCGAUCAAUUUAAAAUUUGAGAAUAAUUGAAUAAUUUUCGGAAUGCAACUCUGUUUAUAUAGCUUAUACAAUAUUUUUAAAGCAAGCAAAAAUGAAAGUGCCUAAUUUGUAAGUGAAAUAAAACAGAAACCCAAUAUACUCAUAUAUUUUGUGACAGAAGGAUGUGUAAAAAUUAUCGAAAACAAAAGAAAAAUAAUUUUCUGCAUUUAAAGUGCACACUCACCUACUGCAAAUGUUAUACAAAUUCUAUGAGUGCACUAACACAUUUUACUUGCAGCUGUUAAUGUGUUUUCGAGGCAGCGCAACAAUUAAAAAAAAAUAAAUGCAAAUGCAAAUAAAGUGCAAUUUCAGAAUUUUUUACGUAUAAAAAAUUACUUUUAAAUAAAAAACCAGUAAAAACGCAAAAUUCAGUGUAAAACGGAAUAUUCGGCGUGUGAAGAAAGAAGUGAAAAUAAAGCAACACCAGAGCAAAGCAGGAAAUACAAUUUUGAAAAAAGUUUAAAAACUUAAAAAACGAAAGCCAAAAACUCAAACGCAAAACGAGUGAAAUUAAAAAAAUACGAAAAAAUAAAUAAAAAUAAUAUUUAUAAAAAAAUUACUUAAAAAUUUUGUAUAAAAAAUUGUACAAAAAAAAUAUAUAUACAACAAAAUUUUAAAUAAAACAGCAACAAAACAAUAUUUUCAUUUUCAAAAUUUGCAAUUAAAUUAAAUUAAACCAUAAUCAGCACAGUAUCUGUCAUAGAAACUGUUGUAAAUAUUUUCAUACAUCAAAAAUUCGGAAAAUAAACAAUCAAAAUAAAAUUGAAAUCAAACGAAAAAUCUCGGCGACAACUUUUUUUUGGCAAAUCCCGGGUGUUGGCGAUAAUACCUCAAAUAUAUAAACACAAAACAAAAGUAUCCAACCGUACCAAAACUCUACACCCCAGCUCUCCAACCAACUGCCUGCAAGCAACCAGUCCAACAAUAUUAGCAAUACAGCUAUGAAACGUUAAUUGCUGUCAUUUAUUUUGAAUUUUAACCAAACGAGAUCCAAUAAUUAACACAUACACAAAUAUAUAUUACUGUUAUCGACUUAUGGUCCUCCCCGUUAUCCAGCAGCGCACCCGUCAUACUAAAAUUAUACCAGCAUAUUUGGAUACUCACACGCAGUCCUUCUCAGCUAUCGUCUUGCGUUCACAAGAGCUGAAAGGAAAAAAAAUUACUCGCAUGCACCGUAAAAUACAAUGAAGUUUUGCAGCAUGAACGGACCAAGUGAAUCUGAAGUUGAAAGCUUACUUAUGAGUCCAUGCUGGGGUCCCACACAGAACGGCAGCCAAGAUCAAUAUCUGCUCGAUGGCCAUAAAUUACUGCUGGAGCACGAUCUGGAUUCGCUGCCCAGUGACACGGAACAGAAAAACUCGCUAGAUGUGCUCGAUAAUCUGCUCUUGAAUACAUCCUCCCUGAAUGCGUUGUCCGACCUGAAACCACUACCACCGUUCACCGGCUAUACGGGACACUUGUCCAUAAAUGGCAUCUCGGGACAUCAUUAUCAUGCGAUCGCACAGAGGCUACCUGAUGAAAGUAACAACAAUUACAUACAAAGCGCCUACCAGACGAAUCACACGUCGACGACCGGCAAUGGCACGACCACCAUACAACUGGCGGCGGCGACGUCGGGCACAUCACCGUUACCAUCGAUGUCGAGUGGCGGUGGCGGUGGUGGUGCCAACAGUCAUUGCUCUUCGGCCGAUCACAACAUAGUUUCCUCGUCUACAUGCUUGCCUGAAAGCGUUCUGAGUCCGGACGCGGACGCUUGCCUAAACGACGUGAAACUGUUCGCUGAUAGUCAAUUAGAUAGUAAGCUGUACUCAAUGGCCGAUAGUUGUGUUAUGUCUGUAGGUGGCACGGCUGGUAUUGGUGGUGGCGGCGGUGGUGGUGCUGGCGGUGGCAUAGUCAACAAUGGCAACGGUAUGGUGGGCGGUGGCGACCAAGGCACGGAUUCGUUACACAGUAGUGUACGAAUUUAUACCGACGCCAAAGAUCUGUCCGAAUAUGUAGAUAUGAACUCGAUAGAUGACAUUGCGGCCAUAAUUGGUUCAGCGAUAGCAGACACAACGGUGCCCAAUCAAUUAGAUAAGGAUGAUGGUAACGACACGCGCGACUCAUGGAUGGACUUGGAUGCGUGGAUCGAUGGCAAUUGCAUUCAGCAAGAUGGCAAACUGCUUGUGUCGCAACAGGAUACGCUUAGUGAAUUUAUCUUGCCACACUCGCCCGUGCAUCCGAGCUCCACGCUACAGAAUUUGCUCACGCACGGCUACAUGCCCUUCCUGCAGAAUCGCCUACAAAAUGGUCCACCACAGCAACAACAGCACACGCAACAAGCAAAUACAGCCACAAUGAAAAGUGAAGCGCCCAGUUCUACCUCAUAUUGUAACGAGUUGCCCACUGCAACAUCCACCUCGAGUCCGCCAGGUUCCGUUGUCUCGACCACGGACAAUCUGAUGAUUAAUCCGCGCUAUCUCACAAAUCCACAGCCGUAUCAAGUCUCCAUGUCUUCAAUGAAAUCAGAUGGUCUCUGCAGUCCCGACAUGCUGGGCAAUUAUCCACACACGACGACUAUUACACCCACUAGUACGCCGAAAAGGAAACCUUCGCGCUCCCAAAAGAAAUCCAGUCAACAACAAGCGAAUGCACAGUCUAGCAGUAGCGGACUUGGACCGCAACAACUCAAUGCAAUUUCACCAUCAUCCGUCAACUUCAGCGCCAACGAUCUGUCUGGUCUGCUGGGGAAAGAGAAACCCGUGCAUCGGUGUAGUAUAUGUAAUCGGGGUUUUCUCAAUAAGAGUAACAUCAAGGUCCACCUGCGUACGCAUACGGGUGAGAAACCGUUCCGUUGUGAUGUUUGCGCCAAAGCGUUUCGACAGAAGGCGCACUUGCUCAAACAUCAACAGAUACAUAAGAGAAUUGGGCGUGACUGACACGAUGCGCGCGAGGAUCACGAACAACAGAGCAGUGUUGUCAUGAUGCACGCCAAUAUGCGAGCGUUCAAGCCCAAAUCUUCAAAAUCGUUGCAUCUGAGAGUGUCCUAAGUGUGUGCGUGUACGCGUUUGUGUCGAGAGCGCGUAUUUGAAUAUACUCUAUAUAUUCAAGUACUUCGAAGCUACUAUUAGAGUGUUUAGCUGUUCUGUGGCUAUUGCCGGAGCUUCUCCGAUAAGUAGCCACAUUAGAGCUACACCAACUCCGCCACACAACAACACUCUCGGAGGCGGCGUAGUGUUCAUUGAAGGCGUUGAAGUGUUGCCAUCACUGCGCUGAGCGUGAGAGUGGCCAUUGAGUGAGAGCUUUAAGCUUGCACUCAACUACUCAAUGCCUCCUUGUUAGUGUUACUCAAUUCAAUGUCCUUCAAAGAGCGAGUGCGUGUUGCGAAUUCCUAAAUGUAUGCCUUUGUAUAGAGUGUGGUGAGUAUUUUCUGAAUAUUAAUUUGACUACAUUUGAAAACCACUUAAAUUCCAUGGGAUGCGAGUACAAUCUUUUGUAGUUUAGUUGGUAACGAAAAUACUUUUACUUCGAAAAAAUUGUAUAUUUUAAGUGGCUCUUUUGGAAUACGAGACACGCAGUCAAUAUUUGUUAUUCGUUGUUGUUGGUUGCUUUUGAUCUCUUUAGUUUUACUCAAUGUAGGUUUUAGCGGCUUUUAAAAAUAUGGUUUUAAUAAAUUAAGGUAUUUAGCUCGUCAUUCCCUUAUACAAUUUCGGAAAACCUGAGAUACGUAAUGUGGAAGCAAUAUUUUAACGAAUGUACGCAAUAACACCAUUGAAACAAACUUUGGUAAGCUUAAAGCAUUUUUAUGUUAAAAUUUGAAUUUACAAGAAGAUAGAGUAGAAGAAAUUUUUUCGAAUGGAAUUUGAAAUAAUUAUUUAUGUAAGCUUUCAUAGUUUUUUUAUACACAGAUUUCAUUGGCUCUUAGUAUUAUAUUAAGAUUCAUACAUUGCAAUAAUUUAACUGAGAGCUAAGCGGAUAAAUAAUUAAAUCAAAGUUCGUAAAGCUUUCGCUCUUUCGAAAGCUUAAAGCUUUUUAUUUAAAUUUGAUUUUUGUUUGAUUUAUUCAGCAGUUUCUAUAAUUUAUCCAUAUUACUAUGAAAAAUAUAUUUCAUAAUCAAUUUUUGUGAAAAUAAAAAGUGAAAUAAAUUAAAUGUCCUUUUCUGGUAUACUCCAAAGCUAACAUUAUAUAAUACAUAAUAUAAGCUUUCAACAGGUAUUUUGGCUCGGACAUUGAAACAAGGAUUGAGUUGAGCGCUUUUAAUCAUGAUUUCACUCAAUAUCUGUUAUUUUUUAAAAUGAGAAAUCCACAAAUCCGAAUUCGUCAAAGAAAUGGCAUUGGCAACUUGACUAAAAAAUACAGUUAGCGUGUGAAUAGCGUUAGGCCUAUAUUUUAGAGCAACGUCAAUGAGCGACUGUCGCGAGCGAAAACUCAAAGAGAGCACAAGCAAUGUAAGAACAACGGAGCGUCCAAUUGUCUUUUUGCAACUGUUGUUCCGUUUUGAUGCAAGUGUGCACUCUACCAACGAAACAAUGCUGUGGAAAUUGUCUAUAACAUAGGCACUCAUAGUUAUAAUUAAAAAAAACACUGUUUUUUUAUAAAUGGAAAUUUUGGAUUAAACUUAAAACAACAAAAAUUAUGUAAAAUCUUAAAAUUCUAAAAUCUAUUUAAAUUUAAGUUCAAAGAACAGCAUGUAAAAAUAAAAUUGUUUUAGUAUAACGGUAAUUUUAAACAAACUGUGUGCAGCGAAUUUUGUAAAAUAUAGCAUGCAUAUGGCGUAAAAGAGAGCAGAGAAAUUGUACCUCAAAGUGGAAAAUUAUUUCAUACAAGUAAUUUAACAAUACAAAAUAUUACAAAAAAACUUUCAAGUAAUGAAAAAAUAUUUUAAUUAAAAAAUCGUAUACAAAUAAGUUUAAAAGCAAUAAUGUACAAACGAAUAUGCAAUAAAGUAGUGAGUUUAAUAAGCGAAGUAAAUGCAGUUGCAAUAAACGGCCGAAAUUAAUUUAAUUAAUUACUUUAGCGGAAUUUUUGUAUAAAAAAUUAUUUGUUUAAAAUGUAUAUUAAAAACACUUUUGUUUAUGAAAAAAUUGUGAAAAUUUGUUGUAAUCUCUAACAGCCCUGGCGGUGCGUUAAGCGUUUUCUUGAAUUCGAGAGAUUUAUUUCAACGAAAUUUCAUAAAAAUGUUAAAACAUUUAUUAUUUUCUUUAAAAUUUUAGCAAUAUAUAUAUUAAAAAUUAUUAUUAUUUUUUAUUGGUAAGUUUAUGCAAAUUGAAAUUGUAAAAAAAUAAUUAAAAUACAUUGCUGAAUCCAUGAUGCUUUAUUUUAGUUAAUAUCUACUAAGUUUUAAUUAGCGUUAAUUUAUAAAUAGUAACUUACUUUUAAUAAGAAACGCAUAUGUCGUACUGUAAGUAUGUAGCCUAUGCAACUCUAGACAAGUAACCGUUAAACGCACACACACAAAUGCAAGCAGCAGUUGCUCAGUUAAAUAAUUUAUGUAAAUUAAAUUAAUGUAAAAUAUUUAUUAUUUAUUUUUAAUUAUACACUUUUGUGCAAUUAUUUAUUUAAAUGUGUAUACCCCACCAUUCCUCUAUCCAACAACAAAAGCAAUUAGCUGCCUUUACCUCCUCAUCCCUUAAGUAGUUUUUUGCUAAAUUAAAGAAAAAUAAAUAUUAAAAAAUGUAAAUAGUUUAUUGUAUUUGGUGUAGUCUUAAAUUAAAUGAAAUUAUAUUAAAUAUAA